CUGUGCUCUUACUGUCCAGCAGCUCAUCCAGCUCCUUGUCCUCUUCCCCGGCCCCAGCCAUCGUUACUACUUCGUGCCAGCGGGCGGGCCUUUCAAUGACAGCGCUACGCUCAGCCAAUAAAGCGCCAGCGUAACCACACCUUAACUGAGGAUCUGAACUUAGCUGCAACUUUACAGCCAUUCUACAGCCGAAAAUCCCUCAAGCCAUCUCUCCCCUGCCACGAAAACCCACUCAAGGAAUAUUCCCAAGUGGUGAGACGAGGCUGCACUAUUCCAGUUUCCCCCGUCGAUAUUGGCCAAUGGAGUGAGCCAAGAGAAGACAACUGACUUACCGCACUGCUGACCCAAAACAAGCACGGGUACCGGAGCCAAACACACAACCAAGCUGGAAGCCUCUGAUAAUAUGAGUGACUUUUGGCACAAGCUGGGCUGCUGCGUCGUAGAAAAGCCACAACCAAAGAAGAAGCGGAAGAGAAUUGACCGAUCGAUGAUCGGAGAGCCUAUGAAUUUUGUCCACUUGACUCACGUUGGGUCAGGAGAUAUGGGAGCCGGUGAUGGACUUCCAAUGGCCGGUACAGUCCAGCAGCAGAUGAGGUCCAAAUGUGGACGUGACAGACAGUGGAGCAACUCCAGAGUUUUGUAGCUGCGUCAGUGUAGAAGUUGUAUGAAAAAGAGCCGUCGUAAACAGCAGGGGGAAAGCGCAGUGGUUUAGUCACUGGAUAACUUAUUGGAACAUUCGUCUUUUUAUUCUGGAAUUAUUUUUGUAAAUGGAAUUUAAACAAAGAUUUGAAUGUGCAAUAUUUUUCUAGUGUAUUUUAAAAAAUUUAGCUUUUUUUUUUUCCCCCCACUGUACAAUUGCUGUAGCAGAAAGCGCAAAUUGUCCGUUUUCUACUUGUCUGCUGGAAGGAUUGAAACCAUGUCAGAAACACAAGCACUUCCUAAAGUCUCUCCGAAAAUAAAUAUGUUUGUAUUCAGGAAUGAAAUGUACAAUGAGAGAAGAAAUCUCUUAAUAUUUGAAAUGUAACGUUGUUUGUAAAAUAGGGACAAAAAUGGGAAAUACACACAAUGCAAAAUUUUCUAUUUUAUUUUGUUAAAUUCCAUUAUGCAGAGGCUUAGAGAGAAAGGAAAUGAGGUUCUCCUGGGUAUAACUGUACAGAGGAUCAGUAUAAAAAAUUCCUAGGAAUUUAUGUCUAUUUUCUAUUUUUUAGCAUUAACCCGUUUUCACUAUAAAAAAUAAAACCUUUUGUUGAAAUCAA